AUGGAACUCCUACCAGAAGGCCAACAAAACACCACCGAGGUGUUGUGGGAAGAUCAGCAAAAGAUUAAUAAGUUCUCUUCUCUCAUCAACAAAAAGGAUGAGUUGACUGCCAGCCUCGAAAAGUACAAGUCCGAGAAGGAAUAUAUGGACGAUUUAGCUCAAGAAGUUGAGAUGUUAGGUCUUGAAUCUGAAGACAGUGAUGAACCUAUCCAGUUCAAGAUAGGCGAUUCUUUUGUGUUUUUGCCUAUGGAUGUUGCUGUUGAAAAGAUCGAAAAGGAAGAUGGCAUUUUGACUGAAAAGAUCUCAACAGUUUCCGAUGAAAUCGACGAAAUCGACCAGCAACUAGCGCAAUUGAAGGCUCACUUAUAUGGCAAGUUUGGCCAGAGCAUUAACUUGGAACGUUGA